CGCACCUGCGCAGUCAUCAUCUUGUACAUCGAGUGAGGGGCAGAUCGGAAGCAAAGAAAGGCAGGACAAAAUCAUCGCAUUUAACGUUACAUGGUCAGUAAUGUCCGUCAAGUGACCGCAUUUAAUUAAGAAGAGACCGUUUUAAGGUGUGAUCGGAGGGAGUAAAGCAAGCGCUGUCCUAGUGCCUCGGAAUUCCAGACAAAAGUCAUCAUUAUCCCUUCUGACUGCAGAUAAAAAAGGAAGAGUACGAUCUCCUGCUGAACCAAACAAAACAACACCAACGCAUCAUGAAUCCAGAAUAUGAUUACUUGUUCAAGCUGCUCCUCAUCGGUGACUCUGGAGUGGGGAAAUCGUGUCUUUUGUUGAGAUUUGCUGAUGACACAUACACAGAAAGCUAUAUCAGUACUAUAGGAGUGGAUUUCAAGAUCCGCACUAUUGAACUGGAUGGCAAGACCAUUAAGCUACAGAUUUGGGAUACUGCGGGGCAGGAACGGUUUCGUACCAUCACAUCCAGUUACUACAGAGGAGCCCAUGGCAUAAUUGUGGUUUAUGAUGUCACAGACCAGGAGUCAUAUAACAAUGUGAAACAGUGGUUGCAGGAAAUAGACCGUUAUGCAAGUGAGAACGUCAACAAACUCCUGGUGGGAAACAAAUGUGACCUCACCACCAAAAAAGUAGUGGACUACACAACAGCCAAGGAAUUUGCUGAUUCUUUAGCUAUCCCAUUUCUUGAGACAAGUGCUAAGAAUGCCACAAAUGUAGAACAAGCUUUCAUGACCAUGGCUGCCGAAAUCAAGAAACGCAUGGGUCCUGGAGCAACAACCGGUGGUGACAAGCCCAACCUGAAGAUCGAAAGCACUCCUGUGCGGCAGUCUGGUGGUGGCUGCUGUUGAAGAGCCUAAACUCGCAUACUCACAACCACACCCUUCCCCCACGCAUAUUAUCACAUGCACCAAAAAGCAUUCUCACAGGACGAACCACUGCAUUAAGAGCCAUUUUUUUAAAUCUUCCUUUGACUUCACUGACCUGUUUUGUUUUUAUUCUUUUAGUCUCUCCUUUUCUCCCUUAACCAUAUCCUUUUCCUGCUCAUCUCCCCCCACACAUCCAUAGCCCCACCCCUAUCUUCUUGUGGCGCUUUUCCACUGCAUGGUACCUUCAGGUUUAGUAUGACUCGGCUCAGUACAGCUCAUUUCACUUCGGCUCAGUUUGCUUUUCCAUAGCA